UGGAACACCGUGGUCAACGUCGUGCUCGUCGCCUUCGUCAUGGCCGUGCCGCCGUUCGUCGUCGUCUACGGCGGGGGCGGCGUCGCGCCCGCGGUCUGGAUCGCCGCCGCCAGGGCCCGGCUGCGCCGAGAUUCCGGCGAUGGCUCCUUCCCGUACGCGAGGAGCCCGCCUGACAAGCUCCUCGGCGGCCUCUUGCCCGACGGACUCGACGAGAGAUCGUGCCGCAGCAGGUACGAGUCCUCCAUGUACCGCCGGAACCCGGGGCGGCGACCUUCUCCGCACCUCAUCGCGAAGCUGCGGAAGCACGAGGAGCUCCAGAGGCGGUGCGGGCCGAACACCAACGCGUACAACCUCGCCAUCGAGCAGCUUCGGACCGGCAGGAGCGUCGGCUCGCCGGAGUGCAAGUACGUCGUCUCCAUCUCGUACCGCGGCCUCGGCAACCGCAUCCUCGCCGCGGCCUCGGCGUUCCUCUACGCGGCGCUCACCGACCGCGUCCUCCUCGUCGACCCGAGCAACGAGAUGGACGAGCUCUUCUGCGAGCCGUUCCCCGGCACGACGUGGCUGCUCCCGCGGGACUUCCCCCUGGCGAGCUACACCAACUUCAGCAUCGACACCGCCGAGAGCUACGGCAACAUGCUGAGGAACAAGGUGCUCAGUGCCGACGCGCCGGCGGCGGAACUGCCGGCGUUCGCGUACCUCCACCUCGAUCACGACUACGGCCACGAGGACAAGAUGUUCUUCUGCGACGACGACCAGCGGCUGCUGUCGAACGUCCAGUGGCUGGUCAUGAGGACCGACCUGUACACCGUGCCGGGGCUGUUCCUGCUCACGGCGUUCCAGGAGGAGCUCGACGCGCUCUUCCCGGAGCGCGACGCCGUGUUCCACCACCUGGUGCGCUACCUGUUCCACCCGACCAACCACGUCUGGGGCCUCGUCACGCGCUACUACCGCGCGUACCUGGCGCGGGCGGACCUCCGGCUCGGCAUCCAGGUGCGCAACUUCGACCCCAGGCACGCGCAGUCGCCGCACAUCCUCCAGCAGAUCACGUCGUGCGUGUGGAGGGAGAAGCUGCUCCCGGAGCUUCUCGCCACGGAGGAGCACGCCGCGCCGGCGCCGGGCGCCAGGUCCACGGCCGUCCUGAUGACCUCCCUCCGGUCAUGGUACUACGAGCGCAUCAAGGGGAUGUACUGGGACCGCGCGACGGCGACCGGCGAGGAUGUGAGCGUGCACCAGCCGAGCCACGAGGGGCAGCAGCAGUUCGGCAAGAGGUCGCACGACGGCAGGGCCUGGGCGGAGAUGUACCUGCUGAGCCUGUGCGACGUGCUGGUGACCAGCGGGUGGUCGACGUUCGGGUACGUGGCGCAGGGGCUCGGCGGCGCGAGGCCGUGGGUGCUGCACAAGCAGCCGGAGAACCUCACGUCGGCGCCGGACCCGCCGUGCUUCCGGGACGUGUCCAUGGAGCCGUGCUUCCACGCGCCGCACGUCUACGACUGCAAGAUGAAGCGCGGGAUGGACACCGGGGAGGUGCUGCCGCACGUCAGGCACUGCCAGGACGUGAGCUGGGGUUUGAAGCUUGUUGAUCCAAAGCUCUACAAGGGUUGAAAAUUCAGAGCAGGUUUUAGGUGGAUCUGGUAGCUGAAAGGUUCCGUUUGCUUUGAUUUCGUCAAGAAAAAAUUCAAGCAACAUGACGCCAGGGACCAAACCAUGGAUCAGGAGGUUUUCUCGAUCUGAUGAUUGUUUUAGACUUGUUCAGGUUGUUGAGUCCAAACGACCAAAGAUA